AAAAUCGCUACAGGCUUCUUCCGGUCAAGGAAGGAGGAGCUUCUGUUUUUCUUCCGGGCCAGGACGGAAAUAAGGAUUUCGCAGCGCCGUCUCUAUGGUGACGGCGGUGAGGGGCGGGUCUCCGAGCCGGAAGUGGGGACCGGGGAGACCGGAGCAAACAGGGUUCUGUGAAGGACAGCAACAUGGAAGCGAAAAGGUUAAGCAUCUCCCUGGUUCUGGUUCUGUUUCUCAUCCUGGCCCUGCAAAUCUUAUCCGCUGUCGACUUUGACCCGUAUCGAAUCCUGGGAGUCAGCAGGACGGCCAGCCAGGCAGACAUUAAGAAAGCAUACAAGAAGCUUGCCCGGGAGUGGCAUCCUGAUAAAAACAAGGACCCUGGAGCGGAAGAUAAGUUCAUACAAAUUAGCAAAGCCUACGAGAUCCUUUCUAAUGAGGAGAAGAGAUUAAAUUUCGACCGCUAUGGGGACGUGGGGGAGAACCAGGGGUAUCCCCAACAGCAGCACCAGCACCAGCAGCGCCAGUUCCACCCCUUCCAUGAAAGCUUUUAUUUCGACGAGUCCUUUUUCCACUUCCCCUUCAACUCGGACCGCCGGGACUCCUCCGAUGAGAAGUACCUGCUGCACUUCUCGCACUACAUCAACGAGAUCGUGCCCGAUAGCUUCAAAAAGCCCUACCUCAUUAAAAUCACGUCGGACUGGUGCUUCAGCUGCAUCCACAUCGAGCCCGUGUGGAAGGAGGUGGUGCAGGAGUUGGAAGCAAUGGGAGUGGGAAUUGGCGUCGUUCAUGCCGGUUAUGAGAGGCGCCUGGCACAUCACCUGGGCGCCCACAGCACCCCAUCGAUCCUGGGGCUUAUCAAUGGGAGAAUAACCUUUUUCCACAAUGCGGUCGUGCGGGAGAAUCUGCGCCAGUUUGUAGAGAGUCUUCUUCCUGGGAACCUUGUGGAAAAGAUUACAGAUAAAAACUACGUCAGAUUCCUUUCAAACUGGAAGAAAGAGAACAAACCGCACGUGCUUCUGUUUGAUCACAUGCCUCUCGUCCCGUUGUUAUACAAGCUGACUGCUUUUGCAUACCGAGACUAUUUGUCCUUCGGAUACGUAUACGUUGGUCUCGGAGGGAUCGAAGAGCUGUCCAGCCAGUACAACAUCAACGUCUACACACCUACCAUGAUGGUCUUCAAGGAACACAUCGACAAGCCUGCUGAUGUCAUCCAGGCCCGGGGGAUGAAGAAACAGCUCAUUGAUGACUUCCUUUCCCAGAACAAAUUCUUGAUGGCCUCCCGGCUCACUAGCCAGAAGCUUUUCCAGGAGUUGUGUCCGGUGAAAAAAUCUCACAGGCAGCGCAAGUACUGUGUGGUCUUGAUUACUGGCGAGAGUGACAAGUUUGCCACCAGCUACGAAGCCUUUCUGGCCUUCGCCACGGCCAACACCAAAGACACUGUGAGGUUUGUCCACGUCCACGGGAGCAGCCAGAGGGAGUUUGCCCGGGCUUUACUUCCAGACGAUGACAAGUUCUGGGGGAAGUCUGCUGUGGUCAUCUUGGAGAGGCGUAACAAUGCGGGACGGGUUGUCUAUAGAGCUCUGGAAGAUCCCUGGAGCGGCAGCAAAGAAGACAACUUCAUCCUUCUGGAUAUUUUGGACCAGUUAAGGACAGACCCCGGAUCUCUCUCCUCUGAUACGAUCCUGGCAGACUUGAACGAUGAGCUCGCUCCCGUUUUCUUUCUCCGCUGGAUCUAUUCUGCUGCCGACUAUCUGUCAGAAUGCUGGGACAGCCUCUUCCACAGCAAUUGGCGGGAAAUGAUGCCCCUCCUAUCGCUCAUCUUCUCAGCCCUCUUCAUUCUUUUUGGGACGGUUAUUAUUCAGGCUUUCAGCGACUCAGGUGACGAGAGAGAUUCGCCUCCUCCCAAGAAAGACGAACCCCCCUUAAAGAGCGAGAAGAAUGACACAAGCUUCACAAAAGAUAGCAGGAUUCCCAAGAAAGGCUUUGUGGAGGUGACGGAACUAACAGAUAUCACCUACGUGAGCAACUUGGUGCGCCUCAGGCCUGGGCACAUGAACGUGGUGCUGAUACUUUCAAAUGCCACAAAAACGCCCCUGCUUCAGAAGUUUGCCCUGGAAGUGUACACCUUUACCGGGAGCAGCUGCCUUCACUUUUCCUUUCUCAGCCUGGACAAGCACCGGGAGUGGCUGGAGUACGUGCUGGAGUUCGCGCAGGACGCCGCCCCCAUCCCCAAUCAGUACGAUAAACACUUCCUGGAGCGGGACUACACGGGCUACGUCCUGGCCCUGAACGGCCACAAAAAGUACUUCUGCCUCUUCAAGCCUCGCAAAUCGGAGGAGAGCGCAGACGGCCUGGGGCACUGCGACGAUCCCGACCUGGCGGAAAGCCAAGUGAAGUUCUCUUGCAGUCCCCGGCCCAGGUCGGUCAAAAGCAAACUCGACAAGCUGUCCUUAUGGAUGGAGAGACUCCUGGAGGGUUCCUUACAGCGGUUUUAUAUCCCGUCAUGGCCUUCACUAGACUGAAAAAUUAAAAAGGGGGGGGGGAGAUCUUAUCACUGCUGCAGACUCUGAAAGAGGACAACCAUAAACAUCUCGUUUCCGGGAAUUACGUCGUGUCGACUAGGCGGUAGCUUUUUAGAGAAAAUUCUUCUGGGUCCAGUUGAAUUUAGAAGCAUCUUCCCCGUGUCUUUCAACCUAGGAGCGAUGGAAGUAAUAAUAAAAAAAAAAUGCACUGGCUCCCACUCUGGUACCAAAGGGUUCCACUAUUUGGGAGCGACACAGGCCGAAGACAGACGGAUCGUAGCCAGUGAUGGACUCGUAUCCUGCUUUCCCAGCCUGCCUCGGUUCUGCCUUGGGGGUUUUCCCCGACAUGGGUGGAAACUUCCAGCUUCGCUGCUACCAGAGCUUGUUUUCGUGUAUUGACUUCUUUUUUUUUUUAAUGAUUUGAUUUUGUGUUUUUACUGAAGUGAAACCUCAUUCGAAAGCAGUCUUGAGCCGCACUGCCCUCCUCUGUGGUGCCUGUUCUGGCGAGAGCUCAAUGCAUCUUGCAUCUGGAGUUCUUACCUUGUGGUUUCUUCCCCCUCCCUUUUCCUCCCUGGGUGGUGGUAAGUGAUUUGAGAUGUGUUUGGGGGUAUCUCCCGUUGUACUAUAAAAGACUGAAGGGGGUUAGGAAAAGGGAAGGGGUGGCUAAUGCACCUCUGCAUGCCCUCCAGGUCCCCUGUGCAAUAAAACCCACAAACAUAAUUCACCAGCUAAGCCAUCAGUAGGGAGGGAAAGCGGGGAGGGGCGUAAUCCUGGCCGUGAAUGGCAUCUGAAACAGCCAUUUCAAGCGUUCGUUCCGAGCGUCUUUUAUUUUAAAGAUUUGUACAGCUGUAACCCUAAAAACCAUGUCUUUAGAUUGUAACGUGUCACCUGAUCGGAGCCCAACAGGUGAAGGAAAAACGUAAAACUCCUUAGCGAGAGUGGCUGUCCGCACAUCAUGCGCAGAACAGCUAUGAUUCAUCUCUAGGACAGUCAUCAAACCACCCUUCUGUCGUAUCAAGGAACUUCCAGUUGUCUCUUGUCUCUGUGUCUCUCUCUCACACAACAGUUAGGUUAGCUUUAACCGGCUUUCAAAAGCUUUCUGCCUUGAAGAAAUCUUAUUUCCCUGCUGGGAAGGUAGCCCCCGCCUCCCACAGCUUGUUCAGUUUCAGCCUUUUUGAACCUGUGGUCUAGGUUUGGAUGUCUGUUUGAACUGAAUUGCGAGAUGGCUUCUUGGUUAUCGUUUCUGAACAAAAUUCACCAUUCGGAAUAAUUCAGUUUCUUUGGCUAGCUUUGGUCUGAGAAACCAGUGCGUCUGUUCUACAGCCGGUGGUUGUGGAAUUCUGGACUAGGAUACUCCAGAUUGCUCUGCUUUUGAGCACUCCUCCAUGUUUGAAAAAAAAAAAAAUAGAAAAGAAAUCUGUCCUGUACAUAUGAGAAAGGAGAGGAAAUAUAACAGUGUCGCUGGUGUGGAAGAUCACCACGUAGAGGUUGUUUUGUUUUAUGUGGAGUCUUUGAAGCACUUCCCUUCCGGGGCUUGGAGUGGCUUAGCCCAGAAUUCUACAGCUUCAAUCCUUGCAAGUAGAUUGGCUGGACUAACCCAUCUGUGUGUGUGUAGGGGGAGGAGAAUGAGCUUGGGAGAGUGGACUGUGUCACUUCAGACUAUGUGGGGGUGGGAAUAGCAUUUGUGAAUGAUUUUUCCUGUAAAAUAAAAAUGCUCUGAAGACUAGUGCAGCAGGAUGCUUUUCCCUCUCUGCUAUGCUAGUUCUUCCCAUAGAGAGCAAGAUCUUUUUUAAUUCAAAAGGCCAUUUUUCUGCCUGCGGUCUGAAGUCCAGAAUUCUGUCACCUCGUUUUCUCACAGGUAUAGACCAGAUUUUUAACGAUACGGCAGCUACCGUUGGAGGGGGGUGGCUUUCCCGUCCCAUAGUUUUUGGGAAAUAAUACUGUAAAAUAAUAAUGGGCAGCUCUCAACCAUUAUGCAGUUAGCGUUCAAAGAGGCAUGGUGGUAUCUGUUGUAUCCGUUGAGCUGGUUUUGUGGACUCUGCCUUCCCCCCCCCCCCCCCCCCUGCUUCCACUUAUCAGGAUGUAGCUGCUCUUCAGUGAUCACAGUGUGUGGGAAAUCAUACUUUUUUGUAGGGGGUAGGGCUGCUCCCAGCACAUAUACCUGCGGUGUGGUGCAGCUGCCUUGCUGUAGAAUUCUCCCUGGCAGUUUUUAACCAUCUGCUCUGGAACAGCCUCUGCAUUAGCAGUGAAUAUCCUUGUUAGCAGGUCAGGCCUGUCCUUUUCUGACAGCCAAACUGGGAGAGCAAGAAGAUGGCUUUCAGGAAGGGAGAGAAGCGCUUUGGAGCAUUAGUCCGCAGGAGAGCAGAAACAGUACCCAGCCAUUCUGGCUCUACAGAGAUCCCCACGAACAGAGCCCAGAUGGGCAUUACUGAGAAGCAAUUGAGCCAGGUGCCCUUAGGGCAGGAAAGCCAGCCCUCCUCCCCUUGCUGUCUUCGGGCAGAGGGAUGAGUGUGUAUUUGUGUGUGUUUGUCCGCCAUAAGCUGCACUGCCGGCAAAAGAAUUGUACCCACCUUGUAGCGCAUGCACUGCAAUAACGAUACCACUGUGCAAAGAGGAAUGGUUCCCAGAUGUGCUUGGUUUUCUUCCAAAUUAAUUUUAAGCUUCCUAAGAGAGGAACCUUGAAGAUGGAAGAGCAUCAGCAAGGAGAAGGAUGGGGGAAAGCUCCCCAGUGCUGAAAAUCGUGAAAGCAGAUUUAGCAUGUGACUUUGCGACCCCACCAGUGUAGGGAGGGGAGCUGGCUACUCAGCUGCCUUCUGCCAGUCGGAUGCAGUGCAGGGAGAUGGAGGUUCUUGCUGCCCCAAUGCAACCCUUGCUUGAGGUGGUACUUCUCUUCACCUAACGGGGCGGGUUCACUUCCCUUCCUCAUCUCUGCCCGCUUUAAGUUUAGGGGGACUUUCUCCUGUGGGCUGCUGUCCCCCCUGCUCUGCCCUGUCCCACAUACCUCUGCCCUGUCAGCAGCAGCUGCUACAGCCAUUUAUUACUGGCUCACUACCUGAGCCAGAGAUGCAGGAGUUAGUGACAGGCAUCUAUGGGGUGCUGAGGCCCAAGGAGCUUUGCAAAAGGAGCAGGCACCCUGGCUCCAAUGCUUUAUCAUAUAUGGGUAAAUUCCAAGGGUGGAAUUCUAGCAGGAGCUCCUUUGCAUAUUAGUCCACACACCCCUGAUGCAGCCAAUCCUCCAAGAGCUUACAAAAAAGAGCCUUGUAAGCUCUUGGAGGAUUGGCUACAUCAGGGGUGUGUGGCCUAAUAUGCAAAGGAGCUCCUGCUAGAACUCCACCCCGCUCUGUCUGGUUGGGGUGUGGGUGGGGGCGGACUCAGGGGCCCAGUUUGCAGUGCCUGAUUUGAACCUGAAUGUGGCAGGGAGGUGGGGGGAGAGGAGAUCUCUCCCCACCACCACUUUGCAAAGUACAGUGCUGCUGCCAGGAACUUAGGAACUCAGGCUCACUUUCCUUUUUUGCCAAAAGGUCUGUAAACUUCUGCCAAGUUUGUAAAUCCAUUAAUAGAAAUUCACCGUUUGAGCUGAACUGAUUCCUCCCCCCCCCUCUUGACAAUGGUAUCACACAAUCUAAAGAGCAAAGUGCUUCCUCUGCCUGUGUCCCAAAACAUACAACCCCCCACCCUGAACCUGAAGCGAAACUUCUUCAAAAGGCAGAGAGGGAGGGAAAUUGAGUUUAGCGUCUGACUCAGUGUGUGAUGUUUCCUUUUCCUUUGGCAUAGACCUGAUAAUCCCUGUAGCUGCCUAAAAGCAUCCUUUUUUUUGGUCUUCUGUAAAACAUUGCCAGGAACUAGUCCAAAUCUACCCAGGCGGGAUUGGUUUGAGGAGAAGGCAGAACAUUUUGCACUUUUGAUACUCGGGGUGGGUGGGAUAAAUAACUUAUUGAGCAAAAUUGUCUUCUUUUUUCUGGGGCGGGGGGGCGGUAUUGUGAACAGGCACUGAAUUUUGUUUGUUUUGCUUUGAAGACUUGACAGAUUCGCAACUGAAAUAAACUAUUUUAAUGUGUGAUCAGA